AUGCUUCGAAACAUGUGGCCAAUAUCUAUUGUGAACCCUGACGAGAUCGUGCAGUACCGUACCUCCAGCUACCUCAAGAGGCAGACGGAAGCUGCCACGAUGCCGUCAUCAGCCGAACUGAUGCGGAGACUGGAUGAAUUCGCAAGGCAGAACCCCAAAAGCAGGACGAGCAAAGCUCUGAAAGCCAAAGAAAUAUCCUUGGAAGCCUUAGCCGAAGCCAUCAGUCAGACAUGCAGCUUUGCUGAACCCUCGUCACUGGAGAAUCCGAAAGGGCUCAGGCAGUGGGGUGACGAUGUCAGGCAGUGGUACCUGUCAGAGUUCCAAGCUGACAGACAAAGGCAGAUGGAGGCCAGAUCAUAUGAUGACCAGGGCACAAGUGUGCAGACGAUUACCAUGAAGGUACUUGGGAUCCCUGCAUACUUUUCCAGACAGGUGGAAAACUUAUGCCUCAAGCUUGAAGAGCAAGGCUUGAUCGUCGAUCAGACGCAAGACAGCAGGAGCCUGAUCUUCAAGGCUCCCUUGAAGCCUGACCUUGUGCAGGCAGCGGAGAUCCCAGCAGUGAUCACAUUUGUCCGCAAUGAGGCGGCUGAGAAACUCUGGAAAGGAGAAGGUACCUUCAAGGUGGCAGGCAGGAGGAUCCUAGCAGUGAACCCAGCAGCCAACCCACCGAUCUCGUUCAAGAUGCGGCCAAAGAAGGAGAACAUGGGCAGAGUUGGAAUCCUAGCUGAGGUGGCCCAACUCCUGAUGCUCAACGAUUCGAGCACAGGUGACAUAUGUGAGAUCUACAGGCAGCUAUGCCUGAAGCAGGGAUUAGCGAUCAUUGAUCUGAUCCCAAACGCGGGAAUGACAGUGAACCUCCCCCCCAAGAGGAACCUACCGCCAAAGAAGGUGUUCGCUGCGGUAGGAAUAGAAACAGUCAACCAGAACAGAGAGGUCGACUGGAUCGCAACGUGCUCGAGCCUUGAAGCAGCGGACAUCGUUCUUCAAGCAUUCGAUCGACAUGGAAAGGAUCGUGCAGGAGUCACUUUGGGACUGGUCUCAGAGAAUGACAAAAUACUGAAAUGGUUCUCAGUGCAGAUGGAAGCAACGGCGCUGCACAAGAAUAUGAAGAAUGCGGUGCGACAAGAGGGCACGGCAAUGGCAACGGGAGCAGAGAUGCUGGAAGUUCUCCCGAAAUGA